UCCAUCACUUAUAGAUAGUUGAUAACUCUAAACCAAAAAUACCACAACAAACCAAGAGGGUUUCUUGUUGUGAAUUUAUUCCAGAAAAAUAAGAUAUGAUAGAAAUAACUUGUAACGAUCGCCUCGGCAAAAAGGUGCGCGUCAAGUGCAAUCCUGACGACACAAUCGGCGACCUCAAGAAGCUCAUUGCGGCACAAACGGGCACAAAGCAUGAGAAGAUUGUCCUAAAGAAGUGGUACACAAUCUAUAAGGAUCCCAUCCGGCUAUCCGACUAUGAAAUCCACGAUGGCAUGAAUCUGGAACUCUACUACCAAUAAAUCUGCAAAGGGAUGGUUCCUGUAUCGUGGUUGUCCGAUUUUUAUAGCAUCUUUGAUAAAUAAACAAAUUUUAAAUAAAUAAUGUAAA